UGGUGGAUCUCCAAGUCACGUGGGUGCUGGCUUCCGUCUGCAGGGAAGUCCCACCUGCGCAGAGCCAUGGCUCAUCACGAGGAGUCAGUGCAGGAGGCCAGCCUCUGCAAGAAGCUGCGGAGCAUUGAGGUGCUACAGAAGGUGCUGUGUGCAGCACAGGAACGCUCCCGACUCACAUACGCCCAGCACCAGGAGGAUGAUGACCUGCUGAACCUGAUCGAUGCCCCCAGUGUUGUUGCUAAAACUGAGCAAGAGGUUGACAUUAUAUUACCCCAGUUCUCCAAGCUGACAGUCACGGACUUCUUCUAGAAGCUGGUAUGUUGAAAGCUCUCUACAUAAAUGACCGAAGGGGACAGCUCUUCACUUUGGUGAGUAUGGCGUCUUAGUCCAUGUGGGCUACUAUAACAAAAUGCCUCAAACUGGGUGG